AUGGCUUCUACAAACCUGAACGCGUCGUUGUGCUGCCACCGCGGGUCUCAUACCCUGCUUAAUUCCUCCGCGAGACACCCCUCUUCCAUCCGCAACCCUCCCCAUCCUCACUUCUCCGGUACGGCGAGCUGGGACAGAGACACGCCCGACGCCUCACCCCCGAGCGACCCUCAACCUCGAGAAACGGCGAGGUGGGUGGUAUACAUGAGAGAUCUGACAUACCGGAGCCACUAUCUAGUGGAAGACCUCUUCCCGACGUCGCAGUAUCGCAGCAUUGCCGCGAGACGCUUUCCAGUGGCUUUCCCGGAGUCUGACCUCAUCUCCUCGAUCAUCCUACAUUUCUUGACUUCCACGACUCAGCUUGAAUCUAUGGCAUACAUGACACAGACUGAGACAUGGAAGAUUGCUGGCCAUCUAAGUACGACUAAUUUGGACAGAAAUCGAUCACCAGUGGCAGCAAAGAUUGGACAGCUCGAUGGAGCUCUCAGCUCGCCCGGCGCUGUCGUUGAACGAGUCCUACCUGGCUACCCGAAGCCCGACCUCCCUCCCUCCUCCUCUACCGCACUCACCUUAGAAAUCGGCAACCGAAACGAGAAUACGGAACAAGUGACACGAUGCCUCGUGGGUGGUUUGGGUAGCUUCUCCAAUGGUCUACGGCGUUCAUGCAGGGUACCUCCUCUCAGCCCUCAAUGA